UUUGCUGUUUUGCAAGAAGGAAAAAAAAAUGUAAAUAAACCAGGCUUGUGUUCUGAAGCUGCAGUUUUUCACUGAAGUAUAAUUUUUAAAAUUUUAAUUCCUUGUCUCCUUUUCACCUAACUUUACUUCUUCUAUCCAACUGAUAUAGGAGAUAGGGCAUGGCAAAGCCGGCUGGGGAAAUGAGCGGGACCUGUCAAUUACGAGAUCCCAGAGCAACGCCAGAACCCUGCAUGUAGACCUCGAGACCUCCUACGAGAUGUGGACGGCAUGGAAGAAGACCACCGGGCACCACAGCAAGCUCGCUAUUGCGACUUCCCACAGUAGCCCACGCUGCUUUUCUCAGGUGCAGUGUGUACUUUUAUUUUUGCUUUUCUGUUUUUCUUGUUCUGCCCGAGUCUGCUCCGCAGAGCUGGUCUCUCCCGUACCCCUUCAUCCCUCACUUUUUGGCACCGUUUUUGGCUUGUCUCAUCCAGUUCUUUGUUCGAGGCAAGAAGGACCUGGAAUACUUUAGAUUGGCGAGCCGUUUCUAAAGGAACUACCUGAUAACACUAUCUCAUUAUGAAGCACUUAGAACCAUUUCUUACAUAUAAUAAUUGCUAUUUUCUGGGUAUCCCAGCGCCUGGAAGAUAGGCGAUCUCAGCAAGUGUUUAUCAAAGAGCCUUCUUCCUGUUUGUUUCCAAGCUGUUUAACAACUCCGCUUAUAUCCUGUACUGGGGCCAAACAUAAGCAACCUUAAAAUGCACUAAGUAGCACGCCACGAAACAAACAAAAAUGAAGCUGAGAAGAUGAUCUCUAGUCCCACUAAAGGUGAAGACCUCACCAUGUAAUUGUGGUGAUUCAUUUUCAAAGCUCACCGAACAGGCAAAAUUGGAGCCAAGACUUGAAGGAUGCACAGAAGUAGAACCUCCCGGAGUUACAGGUGGAGGAAACUGUUGAAUUCUAGGCCCAUGACUGUGCUUGGUGUUUUAAGUAAGAAUGAGGAGUCCAAUAUGGCAACACUGAAUUUAAGCCCACGGAGGGACAUGGAAGAAGCAUGGAGGCCAUGUGGGAUGCUGUAGGCCAUGGUAAAGAUGUAGAGUUUUCUCGAGGGAGGUCAAAAGCUAUUACAGGAUUCUUCACAGAAGGGCAACAUGAUCUGUUUUAUAAUUUUAUAAGGUCACUAGUGGCAGCAGUGGGGGGAGCAGUGGUAGAAACAGGGUGAUUAAUUGGUUACUGUUGCUUGUGAAAGUGAAUUUCAGAGUCUUUAACAUCCAGAACUCGUACUGGUGCCACUAAGGAAGAGAGAGUAAGCUAGGAAUAUGAGUAGAAAGUAAACCUCCUCUUCACCUUUACCUCUCUCCCUCUCUUCCUAUCCUGAAAGGUUCUCAUGGUCCUCCUGCUGUCAGAAGUGAAUGGGUUAAGCUUUAGCUCAGCCACCCUUUUCCUAAUCUAGUUCUUCCUGUGGCUGCUUCCCACUGCCAAAAAGGAAGCAAUCUUAUCAGUCCUGCAGAGUGCUACUGCUGCCAUCACAUCCAGUGGUUAAAGUGCCCUAAAAUUCUGUGCAAAACAUUUGGGACUUUUGACUAAAUCCUAGAAAGUUUUUUCUCCUGGGAGCUAAAGAUAUUUUAGAGAAGAGUUAAUCUUUCACUUCUCUAAUUAAACAUUUUCUAGCAAGAAGAGCCAUGCAGAUAGAGCUCUCUAUCUGCUUCUUUCUGUGCCUUUUGCCAUUCAGCUUUAGUGCCACUAGAAGAUACUAUCUGGGUGCCAUGGAACUGCCCUGGGACUAUCUGCAAAGUGACCUGCUCAGUGAGCUGCACGUGCACACAAGUUUUCCUCCUGAAAUGCCAAGAUCUUUUCCAUUCAACUCCUCAGUCGUGUACAAAAAGACUGUAUUUGUAGAGUUCACAGAUCACCUUUUCAACAUGGCCAAGCCCAGGCCACCCUGGAUGGGUCUGCUGGGUCCCACCAUCUGGGCUGAGGUUUAUGACACAGUGGUCAUUACACUUAAGAACAUGGCUUCUCAUCCUGUCAGUCUUCAUGCUGUUGGUGUAUCUUACUGGAAAGCAUCUGAGGGAGCUGAAUAUGAUGAUCAGACCAGCCAAAGGGAGAAAGAAGAUGAUAAAGUCUUUCCUGGUGAAAGCCAUACUUAUGUUUGGCAGGUCUCAACAGAGAAUGGUCCAAUGACUUCUGACCCACAAUGUCUCACCUACUCAUAUUUUUCUCAUGUGGAUCUGGUGAAAGACCUGAAUUCAGGACUCAUUGGAGCUCUGCUGGUAUGUAAAGAAGGGAGUCUGACCAAAGAAAGGACACAGAACUUGAACCAAUUUGUACUACUUUUUGCUGUAUUUGAUGAAGGAAAGAGUUGGCACUCAGAAACAAAGGGCCUUAGGACCCAGGCUUCAGAUUCUGCAUCUGCCGGGGGUUGGCCUAAAAUGCACACAGUCAAUGGCUAUGUAAACAGGUCUCUGCCAGGUCUGAUUGGGUGCCACAGGAAAUCUGUCUACUGGCAUGUGAUUGGAAUGGGCACCACCCCCGAAGUACACUCAAUAUUCUUUGAAGGUCACACAUUUCUUGUGAGGAACCAUCGCCAGGCCUCCUUGGAGAUAUCACCAAUAACUUUUCUUACUGCUCAGACACUGCUGAUGGACCUUGGACAAUUUCUACUGUAUUGUCAUAUAUCUUCCCAUCAACAUGAUGGCAUGGAAGCUUAUGUGAAAGUAGACAGCUGCCCAGAAGAACCCCAUCUGAGGAUGAAAGAGGAUGAAGAAGAGGAAGAUUAUGAUGAUGAUGAUGAUGAUCUUGAUUCUGAAAUGGAUGUAUUUAGGUUUGAUGAUGACUACUCUCCUUUUAUCCAAAUUCGCUCAGCUGCCAAGAAGCACCCUAAAACAUGGAUACAUUAUAUUGCUGCUGAGGAGGAGGACUGGGACUAUGCUCCUUCAGUCCACGCCUCCGAUGACAGAAGUUAUAAAAGUCAAUAUUUGAAUAAUGGUCCUCAGCAAAUUGGUAGGAAGUAUAAAAAAAUCCGAUUUAUGGCAUACACAGAUGAAACCUUUAAGACCCGGGAAACUAUUCAGUAUGAAUCAGGAAUCUUGGGACCUCUACUUUAUGGUGAAGUUGGAGACACACUAUUGAUUAUAUUUAAGAAUAAAGCAAGCCGACCAUAUAACAUCUACCCUCAUGGAAUAAGUGAUGUCAGUCCUUUGCACUCAAGGAGACUGCCAAAAGGUAUAAAACAUUUGAAGGAUUUGCCAAUUCUGCCAGGCAAAAUAUUCAAGUAUAAAUGGACAGUGACUAUAGAAGAUGGACCAACUAAAUCAGAUCCUCGGUGCUUAACCAGAUAUUAUUCCAGUUUCCUUAAUCCGGAGAGAGAUCUAGCUUCAGGACUCAUUGGGCCUCUCCUCAUCUGUUACAAAGAAUCUGUAGAUCAAAGAGGAAACCAGAUGAUGUCAGACAAGAGAAAUGUCAUCCUAUUUUCUGUAUUUGAUGAGAACCGAAGCUGGUACCUCACAGAAAAUAUGCAGCGCUUCCUCCCGAAUGUAGCUGGAGUCCAGGCCCAGGAUCCAGAGUUCCAAGCCUCCAACAUAAAGUACAGCAUCAAUGGUUAUGUUUUUGAUAGCUUGCAGUUGUCUGCUUGUUUGCAUGAGGUGGCAUACUGGUACAUUCUAAGUGUUGGAGCCCAGACUGACUUCUUAUCUGUCUUCUUCUCCGGAUAUACCUUCAAGCACAAAAUGGUCUACGAAGACACACUUACUCUAUUCCCAUUCUCAGGGGAAACUGUCUUCAUGGCAAUGGAAAACCCAGGUCUAUGGGUUCUGGGAUGCCACAACUCAGACUUUCGGAGUAGAGGUAUGACAGCCUUACUGAAGGUUUCUAGCUGUGGCAGGAGCACUGGUGAUUAUUAUGAGGACACAUAUGAAGAUAUUCCAACAUACUUGCUGAGUGAAAACCAUAUCAUUGAACCCAGAAGUUUCUCCCAGAAUUCAAGGCACCCUACUACCAGGCAAAAGCAAUUCAAAGCCACCACAACUGCAGAAAAUGACAAAGAGAAGACUGAUCCUCAGUUUGGGGAGAGAACAGGGAUGGUUAAAGUACACAAUGUCUUCUCCAGUGAUUUGUCCAUGCUCUUGGGACAGAGUCCAACUCCACAUGGGUUAUCCUUAUCUGAUAUCCCAAAAGCCACAUAUGAAGCUCUUCCCGAUGAUUAUUUACCUGGAGCAAUAGACAAUAAUGAAGGUCCAUCUAAAGUGGUACACAUCAGGCCAGAGCUCUAUCAGAGUGGAGAUACUGGAUUUACUCCUGAACCGAGCCUCCAAUUAAGAGUGAAUGAGAAUUUGGGGACAACUAUAGCAGUAGAGUUGAAAAAACUUGAUUUAGAAGUUUCUAGUUCACCAAAUAAUUUAAUGGUUUCACCAGCAAUUCUAGCAGACAACUUGGCAGCAGGUCCUGAAGAGACAAGUUCCUUAGGAUCCCCAAAUAUGCCAGUUAGUAGUCAAUUAAGCACCAGUGUACUUGACAAAAAGCCGUCUCCCCUUAUUGGGGCUGGUGUACAUCUGAGCUUGAGUGAAAGAAAUAAUGAAUCUAAGUUGUUAGAAGGAGUGUUAGUGAAUAUUCAAGAAAGUUCACUGGGAAAAAAUAUAUUAUCAAUGGAGAGUGAUAUGUCACUGAAAGAGAAGACAGCUCAUGGACCUGCUUUGUUGACCAAAGAUAAUGUUUUAUUCAAAGUUAAUAUCUCUUUGAUAAAGACAAACAAAACAUCUAAUUAUUCGACAACUAAUCAAAAAACUCACAUUGAUAGACCAACAUUAUUAAUUGAGAAUAGUACAUCAGUCUGGCAAGGUACUAUAUUAGAAAGAGAUACUGAGUUUCAAAGAGUGACCUCUUUGAUUCAUGAUGAAGUGCCUAUGGACAAAAAUACUACAGCUCUAAGGCUAAAUCAUAUGUCAAAUAAAACUACUUCAUCAAAAAAUUUGGAAAUAGUUGAUCAAAAACAAGCAGAUCUUGUGCCAUCAGAUGAAGAAAAUCCAGAUGUGUUAUUUUUCAAGAUGCUAUUCUUGCCAGAGCCAGCAAAUUGGAAUAACGGGACCAAUGGAAAGAAUUCCCUGAACUCUGGGCAAGGGCCUAGUCCAAAGCAAUUAUUAUCCUUAGGAUCGGAAUUGUCUGGAGAACACCAGAAUUUCUUGACAGAAGAGAAUAAAGUGGUGGUAGAAAAUGAAUUUACAAAGGACGCAGGACCCAAAGAGCUUAUUCCAAAUAACAAGAGCAUAUUGCUUACUAACUUGGCUAAUGUAAAAGACAAUGAUACACACAAUCAAGAAAAAACAAUUCAGGAAGAGAUAAACCAGAAGAAAGAAUUAACCCAAGAGAAUGUAGUUUUGCCUCAGGUGUAUACAGUGACUGGCACUAAGAAUUUCCUGAAGAAACUUUUCUUACUGAGCACUAGACAAAACAUAAGUUUAGAUGAGGGAACAUAUGCACCAACACUUCCAGACACCAAAUUAUUAAACAAUUCAACAAAUAGGGCAAAGAUUCACAAGCCUCGUUUCUCACAAAGACAGGAAGAAGAGGAAACAAACCAAGACAGCUCUAGAAAUCAAACCAAGCAAAUGGUUGACAAAUAUCUGAGUACCGCGGGGAUGUUUCCUAAUCCAAGCCAGAAGAAUAUUACUGCCCAACGUGGUAAGCGUUCUUUGAAACAAUUCAGAUUCCCACUAGAAGAAACGGAGGUUGAAAAGGGACUAAUUGUAGAUGACCCCUCAACACAAAGGUCCAAAAACUUGAAAUAUUUGCCCCAAAUAGAUUACAAAGAGAAAGAAGGAAAGGCCAUUACUCAGUCUCCUUUAUCAAUAUCUCCUAUGAGGAAUCAUAGCAUCGAUCAGAUAAAGAGCUUUGCAUUACCCAUUGCAAAGAUAUCAGCACCUCCAUUCAUUAGACCUACAGAUCUGACACAGAUAUCAUCUCAAGACAGCUCUUCUCAUUUUCUAGCAUCAACCUGUAAUUAUAGUCUUAAGGCAAAAAGUCCAAUGGCCCAAGAAGACAGUCAUUUCUUACAAGUACCCAAAAUAAAUAACCUUUCUUUAGCCAUCCUACCCUUGGAGAUAAUCAGAAAACAAGGAAAGGUUGGCUCCUUGGGGACAAGUGCCACAAACUCAGUUGCGUACAAGAAACUGGAGAACACUGUUCUCUUGAAACCAGUCUUGCCGGAAACAUUUGGCAAAGUUGAAUUGCUUCCUAAAGUUCCCAUUCGUCAAGAAGACCUUUUACUUACAGAAACAAUCCAUGAGUCUCCUGUUCACCUGGAUCACACAGAAGAGAUUCUUCUUCAGACAACAACAAAAACUAUAAAAUGGAGUAAGACAAAUGGACCUGGAAAAGCGCCCUUCCUGAAAGGCACAACAGAAAGCUCUGAAAAGAUGAACUCCAAGCUGCUGGGUCCUCUUGUUUUAGGGAAUCAGUAUGCUACCCAGAUGCCAAAAGAUAAGUGGAGAUCCCAAGAGAAGUCACCAAAAAAUACAGUUUUGAAGAAAAAGGACUCUGUUUUGUCUCUGAUCCCUAGUGAAAGCAAUUGCACAAUAGUAGCAAUAAGCGAUGGGCAGAAUAGGCUCCAAGGAGAAGCCACUGGGGGAAAGCAAGGAGGGACUGGAAAAUUGUGCCCUCCAAACCCACUUGUCUUGAAGCGUCAUCAAAGGGAAACAACCUCUAUUACUCUUCAGUCGGAACAAGAAGACGUUUACUAUGAUGAUGCCAUCUCAGGUGAAACCAAGAGAGAUUUUGAGAUUUAUGGCGAAGAUGAAAAUCAAGGUCCCCGCAGCUUUCAAAAGAGAACACGACACUAUUUUAUUGCAGCAGUGGAGCGGCUCUGGGACUAUGGGAUGAGUAGGAUACCCAGUGUCCUAAGAAACAGGACCCUGGGUGAGCAGGACUGCCUGAAGACCGUGGUGAAGCAGCCUUGGGAAUGGAUAGCAGGGCUGCUUCAGGGUCCUCAGUUGAGACCGUGGUCAGCAGGUCUGGUGGAUGGACUUAUUUCUGGAGUCAUGGACUGGCCUGGCCCCCAGGAGUUCCCUGGGCAGGCAAACUCCCCACAGACCAUAGAGGUCUUCUUUGGCAAUGUGGAUUCAUCUGGAAUAAAGCACAAUAUUUUUAAUCCUCCAAUUGUUGCACAGUACAUCCGUUUGCACCCAACUCAUUAUAACAUUCGCAGCACUCUUCGCAUGGAGUUGAUGGGCUGUGACUUAAACAGUUGCAGCAUACCGCUGGGAAUGGAGAGUAAAUUAAUAUCAGAUGCACAGAUUACCGCAUCAUCCUACUUCACCAAUAAGUUUUCCACCUGGUCUCCUUCACAAGCCCGUCUUCACCUCCAGGGGAGGACUAAUGCCUGGAGACCUCAGGUGAAUAACCCAAGAGAAUGGCUGCAAGUGGACUUCCAGAAGACAAUGAAAGUCACCGGAAUCAUCACCCAGGGAGUGAAAUCCCUCCUGACCCGCAUGUUUGUAAAGGAGUUCCUCAUCUCCAGCAGUCAAGAUGGCCAUCACUGGACUCUCUUAUUACAAAAUGGCAAAAUAAAGGUUUUCCAGGGAAAUCAAGACUCCUUCACACCUGUGGUCAACUCUCUAGACUCACCGCUAAUAACUCGCUACCUUAGAAUUCACCCCCAGAGCUGGGCACACCAGAUCGCCCUAAGGCUGGAAGUACUGGGCUGUGAGGCCCAGCAGCUCUACUGAGGGGCGCCUCGCCUUCCUCUUCAACUCCAGGACAUUCCCUGACUCAAGACCAUGAUUCCUCUCGGGCUUCUAUAGCACUACCCUGAAGCCUCCCAAAUUGUUAGCCUUGUAUCUCCUGAAAAGUUAGCACUCACAAAGCCACCACUUCAUCUGUUGUAGAAAAAUGGUAUGUUGAAAGUUCCCAGAAGAUAUUCAUGAUGUAAGCAUUUCAGAGUAAGCUUCAUACAUUUAAAAUAAGAUUCUGACUUGUUUAUUAUCCUGGUCAAGCAUGGAACAAAACAUGUUUUGGGAUCAUAUCAACACACUCUUGAUAUCAAAAGGCAAGUCAUUUUCACAAUCUGCAAAAUGGAGAGAUAAUAUAAGAGCUACUAUGUUGAAGUCUAUUUGAUUAAAUUUAAUAUCAGAAGGAUAUAUACAUAAAGCCAUUUUGUCUUAAUUUUUUUUUGCUGUUUCUUUCUUUUUUUUUUUUUUUUUUGGUACCGGGGAUCGAACUCGGGACCUUGCGCUUGAGAGGCAGGCGCUGGAACCACUGAGCUAAAUCCCCAGCCCCUAUUUUUUUUGAAUUUUUAAAAAAUGUUGUGUUUUUCAGUUACCUUUUUGGGUUUUGCCUUAAUUCUAAUCAACAAAAAUAGGUUAAGAAAGUAGAAUUAUUGGGAACCCUGAGGUAGAAUGUAAAUUAAUGGAAAUAAUAGAGUCCUAAAAAACAUAUUUUCAGUAUUUCUAUGGAAAAAUAAGGGAAAUCCCUGGCUGUCUAGGAUAGAAGAUAUAAACUUUGUAAUUCCAGUAGUGCACUCUCCCCCCUCCCUCUCUCUCUCUCUCUCUCUCUCUCUCCCCCAAAUAACAUGACAACAAUGUAAUGGAAAAUUUUAUAUCAUGACUAAAAAGCACUUACAGAGUUCAAAUUUUAACCACUCUUCUGUAGAACUUAAUGAUUUUAUUUUGACAUUUCCCCCAUUGACUAUAUAUCUCUAUUUCUGUAAUGCCCUGGAAAUCAGUUAUUUUGCUUUCCUGCUAGUUUCUUUAGUAAUGAGUUAAAUAAAACACUGACAUGUACAAA